CAGAACGCAGAAGAGAUGGCAUCUGUGUUUCAAAGUAUGGGGUCAACUGUUGGUUGGAGGAGCCACAAAAUACUGGCUGACUUUGAAGAAAGUCCAACACCUGACAGGUUUAGGAAGCGGUCCUCUCGCAACCUGAAUGCCGUUCGGAUGUCCCUGCGGAAGAGAAUGCCCUUAAAGCCGGUUGAGAUGAACUUUGAUGAGAACCCGACAUGGGAGAGCUUGGAAGCCAAGGAGAAGAGUCAAAACUUCCGAGCACUCACAAGAACAGCCAAAAAUGCCUUUGGGACAGUGUCUCAGAAAAUCCACAAGAGCUGCCAGGGCUCCACACAGACUCUGGUGACUGCUUUGGCUAAAGUCUCCAGGACCGGUGACGGGGGUCCCACCAAAACCCGGCGCAGCUCUCCUGGCACUCCUCGGCGCAAAAGCAACAGGCUAGCUGCCGUAUCUACCCCGACAUCCAGUACCAAGAUGGUGCCCAAAUCUGACCAGAGGUCUUCCUGUCAACCUGGCUCCCGUCGGCUUAAAGAAGAUGUCCUCCCUCUCCGGAGAUCCAGGAGGACUGCAGCCUUGAGAAGUCCAUAUGGCUCUCCUGUCUGCGCUGGCCUCAAAAGGCAGUUUGACUGUGAUUUAGAACUGAUCUCCACUGGCAUUCGCCAGCUGAAGCGACUCUCUCAUGCCUUCAAUGAUAUCAUCGUCCAAGAAGAAAGUGAUAUGACAAUCUCUCUCAUUUGUAACUGAAGAUAAAACCAUCCAGAGAUCAAGCAAUUGCCAACUAUUGCCGCAUCAUGGCACAGAA